AUGAGCGUCGCAUCGAGUCAGUCAAGGGCUCCCUUCCCCCCUUGUCAGCAUAAAGCGGGAUGGCGAGAAGCCUCGAAGAGCGCGUAUUUCGUAGGCUACGCUGCCGCAACGGGACUGGCGGCCGACAUGGCUCUCUUUAGCCGCUCUAGUGAAGCCAUCGCCACAUGCAAGGCCACGGGCAACAGCCGAAGCGCUGCGCAGCCAAUCGGGAUGCCGCUCGGCACUCGCAGCGCGGGCGAGGCUAUUCCCAACUCAGGGGUGCGAGGCUACGACCCCCCGCGACUCUCCCAGAUCAUCCUCGAGAACACGCGGGUUCGCUCGCCUUUCCCCACCGAAGCCGGGCCAUGA